UGCGUGUCGCAUUCCCGCGCCGGCUUCCCUGAAGGGGGUGAGGCCUCAGCGGACUGCCCUUCCCCAAGAUGGCGUCGAAGGUGAUUUCGCGACGGUGGAUGCUGCAGCUGCUCAUGCAGUUGGGCUCAGUGUUGCUCACACGCUGUCCCUUUUGGGGCUGCUUCAGCCAGCUCAUGCUGUACGCCGAGAGGCCCGAGGCGCGCCGGAAGCCCGACAUCCCAGUGCCUUACCUGUACUUCGACAUGGGGGCGGCUGUGCUGUGUGCCAGUUUCAUGUCCUUCGGGGUGAAGCGGCGCUGGUUCGCUCUGGGGGCCGCACUCCAGCAGGCUAUUAGCACCUACGCCGCCUACAUCGGGGGCUAUGUCCACUACGGGGACUGGCUGAAGGUCCGUAUGUACUCACGCACAGUUGCCAUCAUCGGUGGUUUUCUUGUGCUGGCCAGCGGUGCUGGGGAGCUCUACCGGCGGAAACCCCGCAGCCGUUCCCUCCAGUCCACCGGCCAGGUCUUCCUGGGCAUCUACCUCAUCUGCGUGGCCUAUUCACUGCAGCACAGCAAGGAGGACCGGCUGGCAUAUCUGAACCAUCUCCCAGGAGGGGAGCUCAUGAUCCAGCUAUUCUUCGUGCUGUAUGGUGUCUUGGCCCUGGCCUUCCUGUCAGGCUACUAUGUGACUUUGGCUGCCCAGAUCCUGGCUGUACUGCUGCCUCCGGUCAUGCUGCUCAUUGAUGGCAAUGUUGCCUACUGGCACAACACACGGCGCGUUGAGUUCUGGAACCAGAUGAAGCUCCUUGGAGAGAGUGCGGGCAUCUUUGGGGCCGCUGUCAUCCUGGCCACUGAUGGUUGAGUUGCACAGCAAGAGGCUGAGAUGGGUACAGGACCCAUUGAAGGCCACCCUACCUUCCACCUUGCUGGUCCGGUUAUGUUUAUUUAUGCUUUUUGGUGUGUUUGAUCCUUAGCUCUGUGUGUGCGUGUGUGUGUGUGCGUGUGUGUGUGUGUGUAAAAGGUGGGCCUGUUCCCCAAUUCCUGGGCUUAGCCCUUGGGGCAGAGAGCCCUCAUGACGAUGCCUUACAGGUUUUUUUUUUCCUGUUUGUUAGGAGGAAAGCUGAGGCUGGCUGUUUCUCAGGUCUCCUGUCCCAGAGAACGGAUAAGGCAGGGCCAGGGUGGGGGUACUGAGCGUGGGAGACAGAGGAAAGAAGACCAAGAACCAGAAGUGAGCGAAAGUGAGAAAUUCGUUUCUGAACUUGGCAGAUGAAGCGAGGCUCCAUAGUGCUUUUCAGAGACUAAGAGUAUGUAUAUUGACACGUAGAUCAGCCCAGGAGGAGCUAUGGGGCUGGGCUUCAAAGAAGCCAACCUAUGGGCUUCAUAGGUUGUUAGGGUAUGUCAGGGGCCGAGAUAGCACUGGCUGUCACCCACCUUGAGAGCAGAGCAGGCCUCAGUCUACUCGGGUGUGCAGGGGUGGAGCAGGCAGCAGCCAACUUGCGGCCUCCUGCCUUCUGUUUCCAACUCCAUGGUUGGCCUGGUGAGGGUGAGUGCCUUCCCAAACACCAGACCACACAAUUCUCCAAAAAUAAACAUUUUAUAUAGA